AUGGCUGGAGAUUGUGGAGUCUGCCCGGAGGUGGAGGAGUCCAUCUAUCAUGUGCUAGUCGAGUGCCCGCGGGCUGUUCAGAUCUGGAGGGGGGCACGGAUCUCCUAUGACCCGGGGCAGAGGUGGUCAUCCAUUGCUGAGUUCCUCCGCUUCCUGGAGAUCCCGGGAGGUAGGCCCGAGGCAGAGGAGAGAGGGACUCGCAUUGCAUACCUGGCUUACCACUCCUGGUUAGACAGGAAUGCACGAGUGUUUGAGGGCCGCAGAUCGCCCGCGGGGGUGGUGGUGGCCAGGGCUUUAUUGCAUGCAGAGGAGUUCCUGAGUACUGCUGUGAGGCCACCUUAUGGGUUGGCCAGGGACAUCUGGGGUACCCAUUCUGCUCUUGUAGCGCCCAGAUAUGUGUCCGUAUCCUGGGUACCCCCACCCCCUGGUUUCCUGAAUGUGAACUUUGACGGCAGCAUGACAACUGAUGGGAGAGGUGGAGGUGUGGGAUUCGUCAUUCGAGAUCACGAUGCCAGGCUAGUGGCGUUGGGGGGUCGGCGGAUCUUCGAUGCGUCGGUGGUGUGUGCUGAGCUCCGAGCCGCCUGGGAGGGUGCAUCUUAUGCGAGACAGAUACUGGGUGCAGACCGGAUUAUUCUUGAGGGCGACUCGGCUACUGUGAUUGACUGGGUCAGGGGCCGAGAUCGUGCAGGUGAGGGCAGACCGCUGCUUCUGGACAUUCGCAUACUUCUGCAGGCGUGUGAUACCUAUCAGGCUACACAUGUUUACAGGGAAGCGAAUUGUGCAGCUGAUUGGGUCGCUUCCUAUGCGGCUCAUCACACUGGAGGUUUUAUUUUGAGGAAGUCCGACACAGUGCCGGAGUCCCUUUUAGCUUUACUUUCUUCAGAUUUUGCAGGCCGUAUCCACACCCGUAGGGUGUGA